CGGAGGGUUCAUUUUGGGAGCAUCUGGAGUUGACACAAGCAUGGGACAGCAUCAAAUCUCUUCCCCAUGACUACGGAGUACAGCGGAGAUAAACUUCCUCCCGCCAUGUGGGCUUUACCUAGUACUAGUACACAGCGACAGGACUGUGUCAACUCACCGACCGAUGGGCUACUGUGCCGGACGGAAAGCUGUAUUCGGCUUUGGCUAAUAUCCAUGACCAUGAUUUUCCAAGUUUGAUUCAUCUAGCGGUAUACAGCACACGGCACACGG